GAUGGAGAGAGAGAGGAUUCAACUUCAAGCUGUUGGUGCCUCCUAGAGUCAACCCAAUCCCAGGACAGGUUUCUACUGUCAAACCACAGGAAAUAGUGGAGGAUGGGGGAUGUUUCAUGCAAACUUUGCAGCAGGGUUAUAAUAAAUGUUUGGACAAAGAGUCAAACAUGCCUUUUCCCUCUAUGAAUACGGUUGUGCCAACAAAACCCACCAGAUCAGAUGUAUUCAAGAUGAAAGUUGUGCCACCAAUGGAAAAUGAAGAAACCAAUUGCAAACCCAGUCAGCUGUAUUCAAAACUGUUUGAAGAAGUUCAGAAAGUAAAAUAUUGGAAAGUCAAAGUGGACUCAGAGGCUGUGCAAAAAGACAGGAAGCUGCAAGAAAACAAAAGAACAAUUGAAACCCAACGUAAAGCCAUUCAAGAAUUGCAGUUCGGAAAUGAAAGCCUCAGCAUAAAACUAGAGGAUCAGAUCAGUGAGAAUGAUGAUCUUCAGAACAAAAACAAUGCAACACGGAACCUAUGUAAUAUACUAAAGGAUACGUUUGAAAGAUCAGCUGAGAAAAUCCAUCUAUUUGAAUCUGAAAGAGAGGAAACCCAUCACUUGUUCAUGGAAAACAGUGAAACUAUUCAGAGGAUGAAUGCUGCCUUUGAAAGUCUACGUAUUCAAGCAGAAACUGACCGCCAUGAAAUGCUGAAAGUCAAAGAGGAUUUGGAAGAAUUUGCCGUUUUAAAGGAGAAGUUUGAGAAAGAAUUCAGUAAGAAAGAAGAAGAGGUUGUGAUACUUCAGAUGAAAAUGAAGGACAAAGAAAAAGAACUUCAGACCAUCCUGCUCAACCUCCAUGAAACACAAGAGAGUUGCAAACGGUUACAACAGGCAGCACAACAACACCAGGAAGCCCUUCAAUGUUCCAAACAAGAACAAGAAUCUUUGUUAGAAAGUCUGCAAAGUGCAGAACAGCUCAAUGAAGAAUGUGAGGAAAGUAGAAAAGCUAUUGCUACAGCAUUAGAGAGCAACAAAGAGGAGAAUGCAAAGGUCAUUGCCAAGAAAGACUCAAGCUUGGAAGAGCUCAACAAAAUAAAAGAUCAACAAGCAGACAAGCUUGUACAGAUUCAGGCCACAGCCCAGGAAUUUCAGACAUCAUUAACAGUUGAGAUACAGAGGGCAAAAGAACUUGAACUGAAGCUUACGGCAGUCACAGAGGAACUUGACAGGAAAAACCUUGAAUUAGGAGAGAUCAAAGAACAGAAAGAAAAGAAAGACAGCCAGCUACAAAUCCUUGAAGAUGAAUUGGAUGUCAAAAAUAAAUCCAUACAGUCACUAGAGGAAACAAUUAAAGUUGUGGAGACCAGAACAUCAGAACUCACCACAGAGCUUGAGGGGAAACAUGCUGAAAUUCACCAAGUUAAGAAUAAAGUGGAAACCAUGUCUGUUGAAAACAUUUUACUGGAAAAGGCUCUUGGAAAUGCUGAAACAAUGCAAAACGACUUGAAAGAAAAAGCCAAUAUGACUGAGAGGAAAAUAAAAGAGAUUGAGGGGCAGUUAUCUGCUGCAAUGAGAAGAGAUGAAAAAUCCAUCAAGGAGAAAGAGAAUCUAAAGACAGACAUUGUACAGCAUGAGGUGAAGUAUAAGGAGCUAUUAGCAAGUUUCAAUCAGCUGCAGCUUGAGAAGAAGACUAUUCUGGAGCAGAUUCAGAAUGAAUCCUCAGAGGCAAACAUUCUGGUAGCACAACUGAAGGAGAGCGAGGCAAAAGAGAUGAAGAUGAAGAAGGAAAUUGAAAGACUCCAAGAGGAAAACCACCAAUUACGAGAGGAAUUGAAAUCCUUAAAUGCCAAAGUUGAAGAGCAAGGCCAAGACACUGAGAAUCUGCAGAAGAAACUUGAAGAAAGGUGUGGAGAUCUGCAGGCUGAGCUCUCAAAGAAAGAUAAACAAAUGAAAGCAGUGGAGUCAAAGCUGUCCAACCUGAAGAUAAAAUUAGAGAGUAAAACUAAAGUCCAGGACGAAUACCAAAAAGAGAACAAAACGUUGAAGAAACAAAUUGCAAUUGAGACAGCAAAAUCCAGUGAACUUGAAAAUGAGAUAAACAAAUUGAAAGAGGAGUCAGAAAAUGUUCAACGAUCAAAUGAAGAGGAAUGUAAAAGUUUGCUUGAUGACCUUGGAACCAAAUCAACAUCUGAGGCAGAGCUUCAGAAAAAGGUGCAAAAGCUACAUCUUGCAGCAACAGAUGCCGUCAAGAGUAAGGAAGAUACUGAAAUCAAAUGUCAGAACAAGAUAGCAGACAUGGUUGCCUUGAUGGAAAAGCACAAGAACCAGUAUGACAAAAUGGUUGACGAGAAAGAUGCAGAGCUUGAUGAGAAGAAGAGGAAAGACAAGGAGGCAACUGCUAAUAGAACAUCACUGGAAUUGGCGCUGUCACAGCAGAAGAUUGAGAAUGACCGUUUGAAGGAACAACUAAAGAAAGAAAUGAACGAGAGGGAAAGCUUACUACAAGAGAUUACAGACCUGAAAAAAGAAAAGAAAAUGAGCAGGCAGCUUGAGACACAGGAUGAACAGAUGCCUGUGUUCCGUUUGGCAAAAGACAGUCAGAGAAAGACAAAAACUCUGAAAGCCUCUGUAACCCCAUCCCAAACCUCAGAGAAAAUAGUUGUUGUGACUCCAAACAUUAAUGAAAUGGAAAACGAAGCCCCAAAAACUCCAUCUUGGAGCUCCAUGACUAGAGUUGCAGCAACACCACGAAUGAAGGAAACCGAAGCUCUCAGAACUCCAUCUUGGAGCUCCACCAGUAUAGUUAGUGCAACACCACGGAUAAAGUCUUACAGAAUCAGAACUCCUCCAUCCACUGGGAAGUCUGUGCCCUGGGGGAAAAGCACCCUGGAGCUUGACCCCAAGUCUGACAGCUCGGAACAUAAUGAUUUAUUGAGCAUUGCAGUUGCAACUGAUCCAUUCAAGAGCCGCCUGCAGCCAAGUGUCCCAGCAGCACAGAAUCAAAAAGUGGACAUAUUCAGGAAGAUCCAGAGCCCUGCCAUUCAGAAAUCACCUGGGAGUACUUUAAAGCUCGCUGCAAUGAAAAGGAUGCGGGAUGCUGGUUGGACAUCUGUCACUGGUGCUGAAAAGAAGAAGAAAAAACAGUUGAAAAGAUCUUUUCAUAAGAAGCAAGUGCUGUGCUUUUCAAGAUAGACUGUUUUCUGUGUGUCUGACAAAUCUGAAAACGGUCUAUGCUAUUUUCAUUACACCACUGCUCUCAAGUUCAUUCAUGUCUAUAGUUGUCUGAUGCUGGGAAAGCUGUUGACCGAAAUAGGAAUUUCAAAUGCAAGUCAAACAAAUUUGAAAUGAACCAAGUAUGUUAUAUUGUUUUGUUGUUACUGUUUAGCAACUUUACUCACAUUAUUCAUGGCAAAAUAUGUCAAAUGCUUGUUUUGCGCAAACUUGCCUCCUUUGAGUCUAUCAGCAUGAAUAAGUUAAUGUUUUUAUGAAAUUGAAUUUAUUUGUUUGUAACAUUAUUAAUUUUGCUUGUGAGGUUUUUAUGAACCUAUACACUAUAUAUACAAAUGUAUGUGGACACCCCUUCAAAUUAGUAGAUUUGGCUACCGCCAAGU